GCUGGGACCAUGGAGGGAAGGCCUGUCUGGGGGAAUGGAGCCAUGUUGGAGACAAAGCCACUGCUGGAGAUGCCAUCCAACGCAGAGAGAGCAAAGGGAAGAGAGUCCUUUCCAUUUCAAGCAGAGAAGCCGAAGUAUUUUUACCCAGUAGAGGAAUGAUGUAGUUCCACCCAUAACCUUCUUUUCUUAUAUGCUUCCAGGUCCCCUGUUGUCACCUGCUGCACAUUUGGAAGCUAGGAUGGGUCUGAGUGUGGACAUUUGGAGGUUUCAGCUAACUCGUUGCUUCUGCCUGGAAGACCGUCCUGUAGAAGUAGAAAAAGUGUUCCACAUGGUGCUUGACUUGGAGAGACAAGACGUGUUGUAGAAAGAAAUGGAUGAAGGCAGCUCAGGGGGCCCCAAACACAUGCUUCCCGUGGUCUAGUCCGGGGCAAGCCCUGCCGUGGGGCCCUGAGGUUCUGGGAUGUCGCCAGGUCUGGACGCAUGGCUGAUUCCUGAAUGACGAUGGUUCGCCGGGGGCUGCUUGCGUGGAUCUCUCGGGUGGUGGUUUUGCUUGUGCUGCUCUGCUGUGCCAUCUCCGUCCUCUACAUGUUGGCCUGCACUCCCAAAGGCAACGAGGAGCAGCUGGGGCUGCCCAGGGCCAACGGCCCCACAGGGAAGGAAGGGUACCAGGCCGCCCUGCAGGAGUGGGAGGAGCAGCACCGCAACUAUAUCAGCAGCCUCAAGAGGCAGAUCGCACAGCUCAAGGAGGAGCUGCAGGAGAGGAGCGAGCAGCUCAGGAACGCACAGUAUCACGCCAGCGAUGCCGCGGGCCUGGGCCCUGAGCCGGGCGCUCCCGAGAAAACCCAGGCCGACCUGCUGGCCUUCCUGCACUCACAGGUGGACAAGGCGGAGGUGCACGCUGGCGUCAAGCUGGCCACCGAGUACGCCGCAGUGCCUUUCGACAGUUUCACCCUGCAGAAGGUGUACCAGUUGGAGACGGGCCUGACCCGCCACCCUGAGGAGAAACCCGUGAGGAAAGACAAGCGGGAUGAGUUGGUGGAAGCCAUCGAAUCAGCCUUGGAGACCCUCAACAGCCCUGCAGAGAACAGCCCAAACCAGCAUCCGUACACGGCCUCGGAUUUCAUCGAAGGGAUCUACCGCACAGAAAAGGAUAAAGGCACUUUGUAUGAGCUCACAUUCAAAGGGGACCACAAGCACGAAUUCAGACGCCUUGUCCUGUUUCGACCGUUUGGCCCUAUCAUGAAAGUAAAAAAAGAAAAACUCAACAUGGCCAACACGCUCAUCAACAUUAUCGUGCCACUGGCAAAGAGGGUGGACAAGUUCCGACAGUUCAUGCAGAAUUUCAGGGAGACAUGCAUCCAACAGGAUGGGAGAAUUCAUCUCACCGUUGUUUACUUUGGGAAAGAAGAAAUGAAUGAGGUCAAGGGAAUACUUGAAAACACUUCCAGAGCUGCCAACUUCAGGAACUUUACCUUCAUCCAACUGAAUGGAGAAUUUUCCCGGGGAAAGGGACUUGAUGUAGGAGCCCGCUUCUGGAAGGGAAGCAACGUCCUUCUCUUUUUCUGUGACGUUGACAUCCACUUCACCUCUGAGUUCCUCAAUACGUGCAGGCUGAACACACAGCCAGGGAAGAAAGUAUUUUAUCCAGUCCUUUUCAGCCAGUACAAUCCUGGCAUCAUCUACGGCCAUCACGAUGCUGUCCCUCCCUUAGAACAGCAGCUGGUCAUAAAGAAGGAAACUGGAUUUUGGAGAGACUUUGGAUUUGGGAUGACAUGUCAGUAUCGGUCAGACUUCAUCAACAUAGGUGGGUUUGACUUGGACAUCAAAGGCUGGGGCGGAGAGGAUGUACACCUGUACCGCAAGUACCUCCACAGCAACCUCAUAGUGGUGCGGACGCCCGUGCGGGGCCUCUUCCACCUCUGGCACGAGAAGCGCUGUGUGGACGAGCUGACCCCCGAGCAGUACAAGAUGUGCAUGCAGUCCAAGGCCAUGAACGAGGCCUCCCACGGGCAGCUGGGCAUGCUGGUCUUCCGGCACGAGAUCGAGGCUCACCUUCGCAAGCAGAAACAGAAGUCAAGCAGCAAAAAAACAUGAACUCCCAGGGACACGUUGGGGGAGAUGUUUUUUUGUUUUUUCCUUUUGCAAUGAACCUGACAAGUGGCUGCAACAAGGAAGCGAUGUCCAUAAAGGGCAAACAAAGAAGCUGACUGAUUCGUAAGCGACAAAGGGAGCGCGCCUCCAAUUUCUGCCUGUGCGGUUUUACACAGCAGGAAUUCAAUCUCCCACUUUGCCUGAAGUAGCCCCAACAGAGGAAGGGUCCUCUGCAGCUUCUGACGAAGGAGAAUGGUUGUGAGGUUGUACGCUUGGCGGCGUGGAGGCCUGUUGCUUUCUGUGCUCAUUGCCAUAUUCAUGAAUGAAGACCAGUUUUGUACAAAGUUCAUUAGAAUGAAAGGCAGACAUUUCUCCCCAGCAGAAUGAUUGUAUCAGUAGGACUCUCGCGGUCUAGGAACUCUGUGUCUAAAAUAACAAGGCAGGCGAGGAGACUGUAAACUCAAAGAUACCCUCAUGAUGAUCCUUGUGAGUAUAUUAAGCAAAACCAAAUGGACUAAAAAAAGAAAAGAAAAAAGAAUAACUGUUGCCAUUUUCCCCAAAAUUAACCAAAAAUAAUCUCAUCUUUUUGGUUGUAGUUUUAACCAUCUCCAUUUGUUUAUUUAAAAAUGCACUUUUCUUUUGCUUAAGAGUUAUAUUUUGCUUAUUUAAUGACCCAUUUGCAAGCCUUACUAAAGAGAGCACAAGCUAGCGUACACUUUUGCAUUUUUUAAGAAGAUACUUUUAGAUGUGUUAGGAGAACUUUCCAUUCAGAGCACCAGGUGGAUACCCACAUCCGAGGACCUGCGGGUGCUGGGCCUGCCAGGCACCGCGUCAGACCUUCAGCACGUGGGAGGCGUGGUGUGGGGCUGCUGAGGACCAAGACAUAACCAGACUGGAUCUGGAGAGUAUUUCCGAAGAGGAGCAACUGAACACUGGAGGGAAAUAAAAAUAUCCUUUUUUUUUUAACCUCAACAGAAAAGGAAACUCAUUCAGACUGGCGGUAUCUUGAUUUAUUUAAAAGUCAGAAACACAUCUUUUUGCAAGGGAGAACUGGGGACUACUUUCUUACCUGUUUAAAUAAACCAAAGUACACUGUGUGAACCAAACGCUCUUUCCCAAGCAGGGUGCUCUUCCUGGCUGCCGGCUUCCAUGAGAAGAGCUGCAGGGAAAUGUAUUUUGUGCAAGAUCACUCCCUCUGCCCGAGUCUCCUGGGGUGGGAGGUUUUGCUACAUGUUCACCCACCCCCGUCGAGGGGGGAGUAACUUCAUUCUUUUUUAAAUGAAGCUGUUCUACUCCGUCACCAAGACGCUUCUGAAAAUUGCAUUUUAUUACAGUUUCCAACUAUUUAAAAAAAAUAAAUACCGUUAACACUGAGUGGUUUCUACAUUCAUGUGAAAAUUAUUUAUUUAAUAGCCAGCACCAGAUGCAUGAGCUAAUUAUCUCUGAUUCCUUGUCUUCUGUUUGCCCACAGUCAAGUCAUUGUUUAAAAGCUUCAAGAACGUUCAAGCUGUUGGUGUGUGUGGUGGAAAAAAAGCAUUGUAUUGAUUUGUACGGGUAGUUCAUAACAUUUAAUUAAAACACAGGGCAUGAGUGGAAGGUGGCAUUGGACAGCUAAUAAAAUAUGAUUUGUG